UCCACCUCGGCUCCCGGCUCCGCAGCCACCUGUGCGCGCCCCGGGCGGGGCGGGGGCGGGCGGCGGGGCCGGGCCGAGCACCGGGUCCCUCCUCCGCCGGUGCCCGCGGGCCGGACGGGGAGAGGCUCCGGCAGCGCGGCACGGCCGCGCUCUGACCCGCGCUCCGAGCCGGCACCGGGAGGAGCCGUGCCCGGCUCUGCCGUGCCCUGCCCGGCACCGGGAGCGGCCGCGCCGGCAGGUGCCGGGCCGGGGGCAGCGCGUCCCGGCGAGGGCAGCGAGCAGGAUCAUGGACAAGCUCAACAGGCUGACAGUGCCGGCCGGGGAGAAGUUCAGGAAGCUUCAAAAGAUGGUGCAUGACAUCAAGAAAAAUGAAAGUGGGAUAAUAAACAAGUUCAAAAAGUUCCAAAAUGAACAAGUGGCCUUAAUUUGCAAAACUGGGAAAGAUACUUGGGAUCGCCUUAAAAAAAAGCCACCACCAAGUCUACCACAAAGGGAUUAUGCUACAGAACAUGCAGACAAUGAAGAGGAACAAUGGUCAGAUGAUUUUGACAGUGAUUAUGAAAAUCCAGAUGACCAUUCUGACUCUGAGAUGUAUGUGGUCCCCAGUGAAGAGAAUCCUGAUGACAGCUAUGAGCCACCUCCAAGUGAGAAGGAGAAAAAGAAGAUUCCCUCUGCUUUUCCUAUUUCUAGGGGUGAAUAUGCAGACAAUCGCACCAGUCACCAGCAGCUUCCUCCCAUCAACAAACCUCUUCCAAGUACACCCAGUCCAGCCAUGUCCAGACCAAAGAAACCAUGUGUGCCAUCCCUGCCACUGCCGUCUCCUGCUGCAAAACCAAAAGUACCACCAAAGCCUAAGGAGUGUAGUGAUGAUGAGGAUAAUUACAUUGUGCCAGUGGACAAUGAUGACGAUAACUACAUUGAACCCACAGAAAGCAGCAUGUCACUACCUACAAAAUCUCCUGGGAACAGAUUUAUGAAGACAACAAAGCCAGGCCCCCCUACUUCUCCAAAGCCUUCUCUUACUUCUGAUAUGCAAGAAGUCUACGAGGUUCCUGAAGAAGAGGAAAAACCAUCACCACCACCACCGGUAGCCAGGUUCACUAAGCCACUUCUGUCUAUGCCUGCUAAGAAUACAGAGCACUCCCACAUGCACAGUAUGACCAGAGAGCCACCUAAACAGGAGACUUGCAGAAAUAUUUUGCCUCUUCCCAGAAGUCGUCUUCAUCCAAAUCCAAACCACGAAGCAAACAAUAAUGAUGAGAGUCAGAGAUUCAAUAACACACAAGAAUCCAGAUUUCUGCCUGGAGCAACUCCAUCUCCAUUACCAAGGGGCCUCAAGAAAACUUCUAAUGUGGUAAAUUCACCAAAACCAUGUUUACCUUCCAGAGAGAUCUUAACUGCAAAUGAAGAAAAACCUACAGCAGCAGAACGACGACGAAGUUCCAGCCAAGAGCUUCCACUUCCACCCCUUCCAAGUGGUGCACAGAAGCCUCUGCUCCAAAAGUUCUCAAUUCUGCCAAAAGUGCCAGAAGCUGCAAACCGUUCUCUGGGCCCUUCCCCUCAAAGCAGCACUUCAUCUAUCGCAAGUUCUGCAGACCAGGAUGCUGGUGUUCACAGUAAAGCAUGGUAUGCUGCUACCUGUGAUAGGAAAAUGGCAGAAGAUGCAUUGUACCGAUCAAACAAGGAUGGAUCUUUUCUAAUAAGAAAGAGUUCUGGACAGGACUCACAGCAACCAUACACACUGGUUGUGUUUUACAACAGAAGAGUGUACAACAUUCCUAUACGAUUUAUUGAAUCAACAAGACAAUACGCACUGGGCAGAGAAAAAAGUGGUGAAGAGCGCUUUGACAGUGUUGCUGAAAUAGUAGAGAAUCAUCAGCGCACCUCCCUGGUUCUAAUUGACAGCCAAAACAACACAAAAGACUCAACAAAACUGAAACACGUUGUAAGAGUUUCUUAAUCAAACUGAACUGCUAAAAUGAAGUCUUCUUUAAUCAUUUCUUUCAACAUCUGAAGACAUGGACAAGGUAUUAAAAGAAGAAAAUCCAAAAUAAUGGAAAACUUUAAGAGCACCUACUGAGUAGUAAGAGAUGCAGUUCAUAGAGUUCAACCCCACAUCACUUUUAUCAGAAAAGUGUUCACUUUUAACACAAGAAGACAAAGCAGAUGUACUCUCAUCUGUGAUUUCCAUCUGGGACAACACUGGUAUCCAAAGUCAGGCGAAGAACAACUGCAUAUCACAGCCUGGUCCUUUGACUGCUAUUUAAAGACAAAUAUCCUGUAGGACAUUUUCAUUUUGAAAACAAGAAUACUCACUGCUUUUUCAAUUUGUUUACCACAGAUCACUGCUUUCAGCAAUUUCUUUGUAAAGUGCACAGCCCCAGAAAUUAGACCAAAUCGACCCAAUGUACCACCGUGCACAAGUUGAAAAUAGGACUGUAUUUUAUGUGAUCAGUGGCAGCAGAGGUGCCUGAAUGUUACAGAUUAAUGGACAUGUGUUGUCCUUUCCCUCAGCUUUACCCUGUUUCAUUGAUAUUUUUGUUUAUAUUUUCAAAUGUGCAAAUAAAAUAAAAAAUAUUGUAAAGUCA